AUGGAGAGUUCCAACGCGCAGAGCGGGGCCGGGGACCGGAGCACACCGGCUCACGGAUCGGUUGACGGGGACCGUCACGUCGUUGGGGGCGAGUGGGCUGCGGACCCUGUAACCGGCAACGAUAGAAACAGCAUAGCGACAACCCUCGUGAACCUGGACGAAGUAGAUUCCGUGAACGGCGCGAGCGCUUCGUCCGUUGAGCUUAGUAUCGACACCGAUGACAGUGACGCCGACUCGGCUCUGGGCAUCGACGGAGAAAGAGCUUCGUCGUCGGCGUCGGUAGCCUCAAGCGUGUACAGGUUUGUAGAAGAGUUUGGACGGACGUACCAUAGGUAUAAAGAAGGAAAAUACUUUCUUCCCAAUGACGAGCAAGAGCAGGGUCGUCUGGACCUACAGCAUGCCAUCGCCCUCCGCAUACUCGACGGUAAGCUCGGCCUGGCCCCCGUUGAUAAGCCCCACCGCGUCCUGGACAUCGGGACGGGCACGGGGAUCUGGGCAAUCGAGUUCGCCGACCUGAACCCGGAGUCGGAGGUCCUUGGCAGCGAUCUGAGUCCCAUCCAGCCCGAAUACGUCCCGGGAAACUGCCGCUUCGAGAUCGAUGACGCCGAGGACGAGUGGAUGUACGGGCAUAAGUUCGACUACAUCCACGGCCGCUACAUGUGCACCUCCAUCUUCGACUUCCCCAAGCUGUUCUGCCAGAUCUACGACAACCUGAACCCCGGGGGAUGGGUCGAGUUCCAAGAGACGGUGAUCGACUUCAGGGCUGUGGACAGCUCGCUGGAGGGCACUGCUCUGCGACGCUGGAACGAUUCUCUUUUGGAGGGCAUUCGUCGGGCUGGACGCAACGCGUUAUCGCCGUUCGGAUUCGCGGAGAACAUGGCCGAGGCCGGGUUCCAGAAUAUCCAGCAAAGAAAGUACGCAGUCCCGUCGACGCCGUGGGCCAGAGGACGGAACCAGAAGAUACUCGGGGCAAUGCAGAUGACCAACAACCUCGAGGGAGUGCAGGGCAUCACGAUGAAGAUCUUCACCCAAGUGCUGGGAUGGACUCGCGAGGAAGCCGAGAUGCUGCUCGUGGAUGUGCGAAGGGACAUGGCGGAUAGAAACAUCCACGCCUAUCUGACGAUCAUGGCGGUCUGGGGCCAGAAGCCUCUGAAUGCAGGAGGGGCUCAUCGUGCGGCUGAGACGCGAUCCGAAACCGCUGGAUAG